CCUAAAUGCUAAUAUCAAGAAUAAGAACAUUGAAAAAUUUAACUACAACUUUAAAGCCUUUAUAAAAUAAUCGAAACUAUAAAUUUUGUAAUAGUGAAGCUAGCAAGAAUGCAAAAUUUGAUAGAAAUGCUCAUUUUGAAGAUCCUGUAAAUGAAUGGGUAGAUUCAUCAAAAAGAUGGUUAAUAGGAGGAUGGUUACUUGUUUGUGCAGGUGGAGUUUAUUUUAUGGUUUUAUUAGGUGGAUAUACAAGACUUACUCAUUCAGGUAUAAAUUGAUUGAAUGAUAUUUUAGGAUUAUCAAUGACAAAAUGGAAACCUAUAGAAUAUGCAUAUCCAAGAAAUCAAUCUGAUUG